CGAAGAGCAAGUCUUCUAGAAGGGAACCCGGGUCUGCGAACACCCACGAUGACCAGGCUUGGCGACAUCCUACUGUCUUGUUUCACUUACGGGUCCAUGACCCUCGGUGUUUUCUUGAUGGUGCCGUUCAAGAUAAGCAAGAAGCUUCACGAGGCGUAUUUCGCGCGCUUUGUCUUACCCAUAUUAUUGUACCUGUCGGGGGACAAAUCGAACGAGGUUCGUCGGAAAGCGGUGUCCCAGCUGAUGGGCCUGGUGUCUCACGAUGUCAUUCUUAAGAAGGAAGGCGCCAUCAGGGUCUUGAAGAUUGGUGCCGGUUUCGGCGCCAACUUCGCGCACAUACAGCGGAAGGUGAAGUACUGGAACGUGGACCCCAACGCCGAGUUCGACGACGGAUUCCGAAAGAACAUGGAAAAGUACCCUAACGUGGAAAUGGAGAAUUGGGUUCACGAGUACGCCGAAGACAUGCGGGGAGUUCGUAGCCACUUCGACGUCGUGCUGAUAACUUACGUGCUUUGCUCCGUGACUGAAAUGGGAAAGGUUCUGGCAGAGUGCCGGAGAGUGCUGUCCAAGGGUGGCAGAUUGGUGUUCCUGGAGCACGUGGCCCAUCCAGAAGGUACCUGGGGCUUCUUCGUGCGAACGCUGCUCAACCCGAUGUGGAGUUUCUCCUUUUGUGGAUGUCACGUGAACAGGAGACCGGAACGCCUCUUGAAGGCUGCAGGCUUUGAGCAGAUGGAACUCACCAAAGUGCAUUUGCCUCUGCCCACAGUGCUGAGCCCCCAGGUAUACGGCUCCGCCGUUGUAGUCAAGGCCUGAAUUGCCGGUACUUAAAAUAGGUUAUAAAAAUACUUCGUUAUUUUUAUAUGAAUAAAGACACAUGACGCAAGCUCACAGGUUCCGUAAAUUGGUGCAAAUGUACGCCACUAAACGUUUGAGUUUAUGAUUAAACGUGCUCUUCUAUGCUUGAUACGCCUUUAUCCCACGGAUAAAAUGCGUAUACACAAAAUAGGUGGGCUUCAAUCGGUCGGCUCGGAAUCUGCGGCAUGCUACUUAUUGGUUUGGCUUAAUACAUGCACACAUUCGGCACCGGUUUUCCCAGUAGUUGCCAUGAGGCUAUACUGAGCGUCUCCGACCUUUCACCGCUUUUUAGAAUGCUUCCGUGACGUCGAAUCACCAGAUACGA